AUGUCUAAGGACCAUAAAUACGCUCCUUUGAUCUCUUCCCCGACUAAUCAACUCGACAACUCAUCUUUGAUCAUUCAACAAGAUAAUAUCAUUACUGAAAGUGUGAUCACUCCAACAGCAGACACCGACGAGACAAAACUUCCAUUGACAACAAAAGAAAGUAGUGAAGAAAAAGUGACUUCAGAGACCUCACAAAACUCCGAAAAUAAUAAAUCAGAACAUUUAGAAAAUGAUUUAAAAGAACACAAAGACAAAAAAGAAGAAAAAGACGAAGAAGAAGAGGAACCUGAACCAUUGACAAUAGAAGAGUACUGCGACAACGUCAACUCCGUUAUAACUCCCGUCGCAAUUACUUUAUUUGCGACAGUGGUGAUCAUUAAGAUAAUGGAGAGUAGUACCAAUUUGUAUUCACAAGCGACAAGUUAUGUCUUUUCAUCAACGGUCGAGUCAAGUACGUCUAUACCAACAUGGUUAAUAGCAGUGAUAGUGACUGUAGUCUUUAUUGUGAUGAUCGUUUUAGUGACCUUUGUCUUUGUGUUGUUAUUCUAUUUCCGGUGUAUGAAGAUCAUAGUCGGGUGGCUCCUCCUCUCCGUCAUUCUUCUCCUCAUGUUCUUUGGUGGAUCCAUUUUCCAGACUAUUUUAGGUGUUUGGAACUUCCCAAUCGAUUGGAUCUCCUUCAGCUUUUUGUUAUUCAAUUUUGGAGUUCUUGGUGUGGUCACUGUGUUUUACACUGGUCCGAUGAAACUGAAUCAAUUCUACAUGAUUACUAUUAGUGUGUUUAUGGCGACUAUUUUCACUAACUUGCCGGAGUGGACAACAUGGAUGUUACUUAUUGGGAUGGCUAUCUACGACUUGAUUGCGGUCUUGUGCCCAAAAGGACCACUGAGAAUUCUUGUGAAUUUGGCACAAAAAAGAGAGCAGCCCAUUCCCGCUUUAAUAUACUCUACAGCCGUCUGGAUGCAAAUGGCAGAUGUCCAGAAUGAACACGACGAAGUGUUCAAUAGCAGCACUAACCGAUUUACGUUGUCAGAGAAGAAGGGAAGAGGAAUAAAAUUGGGGUUGGGCGACUUUGUUUUUUACAGUGUGUUAGUCGGACGGUGCGCUAUGUAUGACUUAACCAUUGUAUUCAGUGCAUCUAUCGCUGUAUUAUCUGGUCUCUUUGGUACAUUGAUUCUGCUUGUAGUCUUCAACAAAGCGCUGCCUGCUCUGCCAAUUUCGAUAUUCUUUGGCACACUGAUUUAUGUGAUAUCUCGAUGGGCGUUAGUACCUCUUGUGACCACAGCGAAUCUGUUGGGGUAUGUUGUUUGA